AUGGGUGAAGUUUACUUGGAUUUAUCAGAUUUCGACAAAGCGCUGGAUUACUUCCAUCAAGCAUUGAAUAUCUACAAAGAAAAGUUUGGUGAUAAUAUCAAUCAACGUAAUAUUGCUAAAUGUUAUCAUUUGAUUGGUCAAGUUUAUCUGAAACAAAAUGAUGCUAAUCGUGCAUUAGAAUAUUUUCAUUUGACAUUAAAUAUGUGGGAAAUAACAUUGAUUGACAAUCAUCCAGAUUUAGCAUUAUGUACAGAAAAUAUUGCUCAUGCUUACUUGUUGAAAUCAGAAUAUCGAGACGCUUUAAAAUACUUUUCCAGGACAUUAAACAUCUAUGAAAAAAGACUACCCCUCAAUGACGCUAAAAUAAUUGAUAUUCAACGUCUACUUGACAAUACGAAAGAGAAGGGGUGA